AUGUUCCGAUUGGUCGCUAGCAAGGCUCCCUUAUCCAACAUUGCUGCUCGCAACGCUGCAGCCAAGACUGUACGCGCUCCCGUCGCCACCAGCUUGUUCCGUUUCUAUAGCACUCCUGCUGACACUGAAUAUGACGUUGUCGUUAUUGGUGGUGGUCCUGGUGGUUACCCUGCCGCUAUUAAGGCUGCCCAACAAGGUCUCAAGGUUGCCUGUAUCGAAAAGCGUGGUUCCCUUGGUGGUACUUGCUUGAACGUUGGCUGUAUUCCUUCCAAGGCCAUGUUGAACAACUCUCACAUUUAUCACGAAACCAAGCAUGGUCUCAAGAGCCGUGGUAUUGAUGUUGGUGAUGUCAAGUUGAACCUUGCCAACAUGCACAAGGCUCGUGUUAAGGCUGUCACUGGUUUGACCCGUGGUGUUGAAUUCCUUUUCAAAAAGUACGGUGUUGACUAUGUCAAGGGUACUGGCAAGUUCCGUAGCGCUACCGAGAUCGAAGUUGCUGGUCUUGAUGGCAGCGAAUCCGUCUUGAAGACCAAGAACGCUAUCAUUGCCACUGGUUCCGAACCCACUCCCAUCCCUGGUAUUCCUUUCGAUGAGAAGCGCAUUGUCUCUUCCACUGGUGCUCUUGAGCUCCCUGAAGUCCCCAAGAAGAUGGUUGUUAUUGGUGCUGGUGUCAUUGGUCUUGAAUUAGGCUCUGUCUGGUCUCGCCUUGGUGCCGAGGUCACUGUUGUUGAAUACUUGGAUGCUAUCGGUGCUGGUAUGGAUCCCGAGCUUGCCAAGACCUUCCAAAAGCUCCUUGCUAAGCAAGGUCUCAAGUUUAAGAUGGGUACCAAGGUCAACAGCGCCGAAGUUGUUGGCGAAGGUGUCAAGGUUGAAGUUGAAGGUGCCAAGAAUGGCAAGACUGAAACUCUUGAAGCUGAUGUCUGCUUGGUCUCCAUUGGCCGUCGCCCUUACACUGAAGGUCUUGGUCUUGAGAAUGUCGGCAUCGAGAUGGAUAACCGUGGCCGUGUUGUGAUUGAUUCCGAAUUCAAGACCAACGUUCCUAACGUUCGUUGCAUUGGUGAUGUUACUUUUGGUCCCAUGUUGGCUCACAAGGCUGAGGAUGAAGGUUUUGCCGUCUCUGAAAUGCUUGCCACUGGCCAUGGUCACGUCAACUAUGAUGUUAUUCCCUCUGUCAUUUACACUCACCCUGAAGUCGCUUGGGUUGGUAAGAACGAAAAGGAGCUUAAGGAUGCUGGCGUCAAGUACAGAGUUGGUACCUACCCCUUCGUUGCCAACUCCCGUGCUCGUACCAACGAUGAUACCGAUGGUAUGGUCAAGGUUCUUGUUGACGCUGAAACUGAUCGCAUGCUCGGUGUCCACAUUAUCGGUCCUAACGCCGGUGAAAUGAUUGCUGAGGGUGGUCUUGCUCUCGAAUAUGGUGCCUCUGGUGAAGAUGUUGCCCGUACUUGCCACGCUCACCCCACUCUCAGCGAGGCCUUCAAGGAGGCUUGUAUGCUUGCCAGCUCCGGCAACGCCAUCAACUUCUAG